UGUCUCAUUGAUAGUUACUUGAGCAGGAUGUCCAGUCUUACCAAGCUUCACAGCAGCAUUUUUCAUCCAACUUUGCGGAAAUUACAGUGCCGUGAGGUUGAUAUCGCUACUCACAAUCUCAUGUACCCUAUUUUCUUAGUUAUCAUUAUGAUUGGCUAAUUGCUUUUCCAGGGACGAUGAGAAUGCGAUCCAAGAAAUAUCGAGCAUGCCAGGAGUGGCCCGAUAUGGUAUCAAUCCGUUAAAGAAACAUUUGAUUCCACUUGUUGAAAAAGGUUUAUCUUCGAUUCUGCUCUUUGGUGUGACUGAAAAAUUAGAGAAGGAUGCUAUUGGUUCUAGUGCCGACUCGACUGACAAUCCGGUUGUAAAAGCUUUACCGAUGCUUCGCCAAUGGUUUCCUGAUCUUCUGAUUGCCUGCGAUGUGUGCUUGUGCCCCUACACUAGUCACGGUCACUGUGGGAUUCUCACUAAUGACGGUAUUAUCGAUAACGAACCAAGCAUUAAACGGAUAGCAGAAGUUUCACUAGCCUACGCUAAGGCCGGAGCUCACAUUGUUGCACCUUCGGACAUGAUGGAUAAUCGAAUCUGGGCCAUCAAGCAAAUUUUAAAAGCAAACCAGAUGGAAAAUCGUGUGUCAGUGCUUUCCUAUUCGGUGAAAUUCGCAUCCGGUUUUUAUGGGCCGUUCCGAGAUGCAGCAAAGUCGGCACCGGCGUUCGGAGACAGAAAGUGUUACCAACUGCCCCCCGGAGCUAAAGGAAUCGCUAAAAGAGCAGCGCAAAGAGAUGUCGAAGAAGGUGCUGAUAUGUUGAUGGUAAAACCAGGAAUGGCAUACUUGGACAUUGUGAAGCAAGUUAAGGACGAUUACCCUGAGUUACCGCUGUUCAUUUAUCAGGUAUCUGGCGAAUAUUCGAUGCUACUGAAUGCUGGUAAACUUGGUGCUUUUGAUCUACGAACCGUUCUGUGGGAGGUUCUGAUUGGGAUGCGUCGAGCUGGAGCAGACUGCAUCAUUACGUAUUUCACUCCGACAUUGCUGGAUUGGCUAAGGGAAUAAUACUACCUGGUAAUCCUAGUUUAUGCAACUACUACUAUUACUACAACUGUCCGAGAAGUACGGUAUUUGUGUGUAUGAUUGAAAAUGUAAAGGAAGCAAACAAAAUUAUGGUGAUAAUAUUUUGGGAAGUAAAAAAAAACUUUAUUAUAUUGCA